UAUUACCUGGAGGACUUCUCACUCAUUCUCCAUCAUCAACCGUAUCAGUUCAUCGUCGUCUGCCACCAUUACCAAUUAAUUCAUUAUCAACAACAAUUAUCACUACUACUACAACUGAUAUUAUCACUACCAUUACUAAUUACACAACUACCACUACUGCUUCAUUCACUGGACAUUUUAAUCCAACAGCAUCUUCGAUGUCAACAAAUUUAUUUUCACCAUCAACAAUCGUUUCUCGUCCUGUUCAAUCAGUUCCUAAAGAAGAUCACAGGAUUUGCUUUGGUACAGAAUCAAUAGUGGAUCGUUCACUGUUACUUUUUGAAGAUAGCUAUUAUGAGGAUAGUAAUCUCAAUGAUAAUCAACUUCCAUCCAAAAAAGUACUUUCACAAUUUGGUCAGGAAGAUUCGUCCGGUGUGUCAAGUUGUUGUACCGGUUUGGAACAGUUUAAUCCGACACAUCGAGUACAUUCAUCAUUUAUUCCACGACAUGAUGAUGAAGUACUUCUGGAAAUUGGCGAUGCGAUUCAUGUGGAACGAGAAUGAAUAAAUCUAAGAACCAAUCAACACGGUAUAUUUCCAUCAGCGCAUGUUUGCGAAAUUGAUUUGGUCGAAGAAAUUUGCAUGGGAGCCUUACCAAGUAAUCUUAAUCAAGCAAUGACUAAUGAACGUGACACAUUUUAUUUGACAAUGUUAGCAUCAAUUGAAGUUGCGCAUCAUAAAGGAAAUGAUGUUCUUGUGCAGGCGGUACUCAGUGUUUAUAAAAAUAAGGUGGAAAUAAUCGUACCACAAACGGUACUAAUGGAAGUAUCAUUUCGUGGCAUACAUAUUAUCGAUAAACGACGAAAGAAUGUAAGUUAUUGA